CAGUUCUCCUGAGCCCACGGCGCAUGGAAACAGGUGGAGAGAGGCCGGGCUGGCCAGGGCUUCGGCCUCAAGCGUCGGGAAAUGGCGGCGGGAGGCAGAACGGAGGAUGGUUCCUUGGAUCUGACCCAAAGUAUUGAAGAUGACCCCCUUCUGGACCCCCAGUAUCUCCCAUAUCAUUCAUUACAUGCUCAGUUUAGACCAAGAUUCCAUCCUCUUCCUACGGUCCUUAUAGCAAAUCUUCUCUUGUUCAUACAUGUUGUGUUUGUUAUUUUAGCAUUUUUAACAGGUGUGCUUUGUUCUUACCCUAAUCCAAAUGAGGACAAGUGCCCAGGAAACUACACCAACCCACUGAAAGUUCAGACGGUCAUAAUCCUUGGAAAAGUUAUUUUGUGGAUUCUGCAUCUCCUGCUUGAAUUCUACAUGCAGUAUCACCACAGCAAAGUAAGAAACCGAGGUUAUCACAUGAUCUACCGAUCGACGAGGCAUCUUAAAAGGCUUGCACUAAUGAUACACUCCACUGGCAGCACGGCACUUCUCCUCAUACUGUGCGUGCAGCACUCCUUCCCGGAGCCCAGCAGGUUGUAUCUUGACCUCAUUCUGGCCAUCCUGGCCUUGGAACUGAUCUGUUCUCUGACGUGUCUGCUCAUCUACACAGUGAAAAUUCGAAAAUUUAAUAAAGCUAAACCACAGCCUGGUAUACUUGAAGAAGAAAAGGUCUAUGCUUACCCCAGCAAUAUUGCUUCAGAGACUGGAUUCAGGACUAUUUCAAGCCUAGAAGAAAUUGUCGAAAAGCAAGGAGACAUAAUAGUAUAUCUGAAGCGACACAAUGCACUGUUGAGUAAGCGGUUGUUGGCCUUCACUUCAUCUGACCUAGGCUCUCAGCCAAGUAGAAUGUGACAGGGAGAAGACAUCAAUUGCAGAGGGAUCCAGAGUAAUUUAAGACUGAUUGACUACCUGACAAGCUGACAUAGGGAAUUGCAGCUUUUGCCAAGUAACAUUUUACAAUUUUGGUUGGAAAUCUGAAUUUGGUUCUCACCUGUGUGGCCGUUUACUAUGUAGGGUUUGAGUCCUGUGAAAGGUGUUGUGGAGCCUUGAUAACUCAAGAAUGUCUGUUUUGCACAUUUUGAAGUUACUGAACUGCCUGGUUUAUUCAAGGACCAAAGGUAGUUUAAACAUCUCUCAUUGGCCAGUACUUCUUCCACAUGACAUAAGAACCCUGUAAUAAUGGAGCUAUUUAUAGAGGGAAUAUGACAUGACAAUGUAUUUAGAACAGGGAUUUGAUCAAAGAAGUUCCUCCCACUUUUAAAUUGAUGAGGAAAGUGAUUUUUUAUGUUUCUUCCCAUGGAACCUUGUGAUUUGAUAUGCUUGUGUGGUACUGGCUGGCAGCGUGGCCCUUGUAGCAUUUCUAAUUUCCUCACUGGAGAACCAAGGUCU